AUGAGACAGUUCGAAUUGAUCGCGUUCGCCAGCUUGGACACACCAUUGUCAUGCGAACAGCUGAAAAAGCGCUGCCAUGCAGCCUGGUGGCGCACACGACGCGCCUACCCAGUCAUUGGCACUGAAACAGACAUGGAACAAGCUUAUUUCGAGCCUCACAACACGGCCGAAGCUGCCAAACGCUGGGCAACCGAAAGAUGCUUGAUCGCCACCAACACUUCCCUGGAGGAAGUCCGACAAUCCUUAAUCCGCCGUCCAUUGGACAAGACCACCAUGACUCUGGUCGUCGACCCUAUCCGUGGCCCUCGAGGCUGCGUCUACAACGUAUCCCACACACUCACUGAUCUACCCAUUUAUGAUCCCCUGCAAGAGUUCACGAAGCAACUAUCACGCCCCGACGCCGAGCGCGGCAUCGACGCCAUCUUUUCCCCAGAUUUCCUACUUGAUAUCACUCCUCGCCUUCCCCAAUCGCUGUGCCAUGCAUACUCACGUCUGUUCCAACCAACACCCGAGGACCUCGCAGGCGCAACUCAGAUCCUCGAACGCGCUAAUGCCCGCUACGCUCGCUCAACUAUCGGUAUCCCCCUCCACCCAGACUGGAAGACCCGUCCUUCCCAUAUGCACAACAAAACCAUCAAAUUCGAGCCUGCCGAAUCCCGCUCUGCAUUCAGGUGCUUCAAACAGCUCGGCAUCUCCCUCACAACCGCCUUCUUCGCCUGCAUGACUUCAGCCAUCGCACAGAAGUACAGCCAAGGCAACGAAGAAGGCGCCCACCUCCUCUUCAGCAGCAAUGGUCGCCGCUGGAUCGAUCUGGCAGGUGAUGGCCACGGCCCCAUCAACAUGAGCAUCGUCCCAGCCGGUCUGUGGAUCAAUGCCGAUGAGGCCGACCUCCGCGCCAAAGACAAACACAGCCUCGCAAAACUAGCAAAGGCCAUCGGACAUGCCCAAGAACAGGAUCUCGUCUCCCCGCAUCUCAUCUCCCUCUACGAUCAGAUGGCCCCAGAACUAGUCAAGGGCAUGGCCAACCCAAACCAACCCGACCCACCAGCCCUGGGACGCCCAACCUUAACUUCCCAAGGCGCCUUUGGGAAAAAUGUAGCUGAUCCUGCAGGCGGGGAUCCCAUGCGCAUAACGUAUUUCAAUACCGGUGGCCGAAAUACCGAUCCGGCUGUUUGCUUUGCUUUGAAUACUUAUCGUGAUGAGCUGAAGUUCAAUCUUCUCUUUGAUGAGCGCUUCUUUGCGCUGCAUGAGGUUGCGCAGCUUGCGCAGGCUGUUGCGGGUCUUUUCCGGGAGUUUGUUGCGGAUGAGGAGCCUGUUCGGGCUAAGCUUUGA